AUUAUUAUAUUUUUUUAUUUAUUUAUUAAACUUGACAUUGAGAUAGCUGCGUCGCUACCUCUCCUCCGUCCUCCCAUCCAUCCUCUGCACAAACACGAAGUGAAACAGCUUCUUCCCGGUCAUCUGUGUGACCCUCCACCAUGUAGUCACCUGAGUGCUGACAGCAGAGCUCCAUCCAUGCCGUCGACGAUUCUUUCAUCCUCCGGUCCGAUCGUCACAUAGAUAGCCUAUAUCCCGUCCUCCGUCCAUCAUGCUGCAGAUCGGGGAUGAGGUGGUGUAUUUCUCGGCGGUGUUUCUGCUGGUGGUGCUGGGGACAAGGAGCGCCGCGGGGGCCUCCCUGCUCACCAUAUUCCUCUACGUCUUCAUGGUGAUGUUCCGGUUUCCUCCGGUGCCAGCGGAGCAGGCCGGCCGCGUCCUUCGGCCCAGGGCUCCAUCAGGCGGCGUCCCGGUGGUGGCGCACCGCGGAGGCAGCCACGACGCUCCGGAGAACACCUUGGCAGCGAUCAGAGAGGCCAGUAGGAACGGGGCAACUGGAGUGGAACUGGACCUGAGUUUCACAGCCGAUGGCAUGCCCGUACUGAUGCACGAUGAGACUGUGGAUCGCACCACCAACGGCUCUGGACCAGUUAGCAAACUGCAGUUUGUCCAACUUAAGAGACUAGAUGCUGCUGCUCGACACAGGCUGAAGGACAAGUUCAGUGGACAGAAGGUCCCGACUCUGCAGGAGGCAGUGGAGGAAUGCAUCAGACACCAGCUGACCAUCUUCUUUGAUGUUAAAGAUCAACCUGAUAAGGCUGCAUCAGUGCUACAUGAGAUGUAUAAAAAGUUCCCUGUCCUUUACAAUUCCAGCAUUGUUUCCUCCUUUGAACCCAAAGUCAUCUACAAGAUGCGUCAGACUGACCCCAACGUGGUCACGGCUCUCAUCCACCGGCCCUGGAGACUGAGCCGCUUUGGCGAUGGCACUCCUCGGACCCUGUCAACAUGGGGUCAGAUGUGGACGGGGGUUCUGGAUGUCUUAUUGGACUGGGCCCACCACCACAUACUGUGGAAACUCUGCGGUGUCUCUGCCAUCCUCGUGCAGAAAGAUUUCAUCUCACUGGACUAUGUUCAGUACUGGGCAGAGCGAGGUGUGGAGGUGGUGGGCUGGACUGUUAACACCGCUGUGGAGAAAGACUACUACCAAAACCUGCUGAAGAUUGGCUACAUCACUGACAGUCUGCUAGAAGACUGUGCUCCUCAUUACUGAACGAUCACACACAUAUACACAGAGUGGUUUGAGACAUGCAGGGAUGACUGAAAUCUCUCCUGUUUCAAACUUGUAAAAGAAAACAUUUUACAGUUUCUUAAUGAACAAAUUAGAAGUUGGAAACUCCUUGGUGAGACAAAAGACGACAUAAUUACCAUAAUUACUACAUUUCCCAGUUUCCUGUCCUUUCAAAGAACAUAAAAUACUGAAAUAUGUAGAUUAAGUUAAUUAUAAGGUGGAAGGAAGCUAGAAAUUUGGUGCUAACUAGCUCUGUAGUGGCAAUUGAACAACCCAAGCUUUAUAGAAAUGAUUUGCUGUAGAGGUAAGAAGACCUCAUUACCUGUAGCUGGCAUACAGGUAAUUUCUCUUUAAAUCUACAGACACAUUAAACCAUGAAGACUUAACUGUAUACUUCCUUGUCCUACUACCAGCAGUAAUACCUCCAACUCUCCUGGUCCAGGGAUUGGGAUUAUGCUACCUUAAAUAUCUUUUCUACCUUCUGUACUGAUCUUUCAGAGGCUUUGAUGCACCUUUAAAGAGACAUCAGUGUAUAUAGUUGUAACAUUAGACUUACUGGCAUCAUAUCAAUGCCUGCUACUAUGAUAUUUGUUUAAUACUGGACUGUAGAAGAUCUCUUGUUAAUAUUCUACAGCUUGACAUGAUGAUACUUGAUUGUUCAGAAACUUCUGUCUUUAAGUCGCACAAGAAAGCUUGCCACAAGACAUUAAAACGUUGACUGAUUCAAGUGUAAGAUAAUUAUGAUAAUAUCUGAUUGUAUGCUCCAAAGAAUUUCAUCCUUGAGGGAAAGUAAAUGCACCAUUGAACUGUGCCACACAGGUGGAGGGUGUGUGGUGAGUGUAGGUGUUCAGUGUGUGUAGUUCACGGCAGAGAUGAGUCCACAUAAACUCUGAAAUAUUUGUAUGAUAUAACUUCUUUAAUAUACUGUAUUAUGAAUCAUCAGAGAAGGAUAACUCUUUUUGUGAUUGUGGCUGUAGCCAGAAAUGUAAGAAAUAUUGAGGUCUUGAAUCCAAAUUCCCAUCCUAUCCGCCUAAGAAAUUGACCAGAUACCAUAAAACCUGAAUAUUUCACAUGGUAUUUAUUCAUUUAACUUUUCAGCCAUAUUUUUUGUAAAUAUAAUGGUCUCAUGCUGCUUUAAAUAAUCCUCCACACUUCUGGGAAUAUAAUUUUGGAAAUACUAAUUCCUUUCAUUUUAUUUUGAUUUAACUUAAUUCUUUGCCUGAAUUGGUGUCCAAAAUGUUUCCUUUUCUCUUGCAUUUCUCUUUCCUUUCAUUUCCUGUAGUGUUAAGAAUAAUAAGACAUAAAUCAUCAUAGGGUCAUCAAAACAGGCUGAAAUAAAUCUUAAAAAUGUAAAUCCAGUUUGCAAAUCUGCUGUAAAUCAAUAAUGCCUUUUAAGUGAAAAAUCCUAAAUUAAUACAUUUUUAAAAGUA